CGUGUAUGGGGGCUCCAGGUCGUCCCACCCGGACUCCGAGCUGCUUCACCGGCAGACCUACGGCACCCCCCACCCCCUCCAGGGCUAUGCAACGAACCACCACCCAGGGAGCUCCAGACAGGGAGGGGCCUGGGGUCCUGCUGGACGCUCACUUGGCCUCUCGGGGCUAUUUGAUGCCAGCCUCCACCAUGCCGGCCCCUCUGGUCCUGACCCCUCCGUCAUGAAUCUGAUUUCGGCUCUGGAGUCGCGGGGUCCACAGCCACCCCCCUCUGCUUCCUCCCUCCUCUCUCAGUUUCGCUCUCCCUCAUGGCAGACUGCCAUGCAUACACCGGCCCCAGCGGAGCUCUUUCUUUCCGGGGCACUUCCUGGUUCCAGCUCUUUCCCCUCUUCCUCAGCCCUCUCUGCAUACCAGCAUCCUGGUUCCUUCUCUGGACGAUCCUUCACUCCCUCACUAUCCCUGCAGGACACGCCUACAUUUAGCCCGACUUCCAACAGUUUGCUAUCCCCCCAUGAUCCCCUGCUGCACAUCAAAACCCCCUCCCAGGUCAGCUUGGGCUUUGAUCGCUUGCUGUCUUCCCAGAGUGCCAACUACCGGGGCUCCCAGGAGCCCCCGGGCCCUCCUCAGACCCAAGCUCCUCCCACCUCCUCCAGUUGCCACCUGUCCCCUUCCCAGUUCAACUUAUUGUCCUCCCAGCUCCACAACCAGUCCUCCCAGCUCUAUAAUGCAUCCAUGUUCUCUUCCCCAGCAGCCCUGCUGCCCACAGCCCCCCCUCCUCCCCAGCCUCCUCCAGAGAGGACAGCGUCCCGGCAGGACAGCGUGAUCAAACAUUACCAACGCUCGUCCCCAGCUCAAUCCGCAGCACUACCCCCACAGCAAUAUGUCAGCUGUGGGGGGUCAUCAAGCUACCAGCAGAUAGCCAGUCACCACCGGCUUACUGGAUUGUCCUGCAGUCCUCUGGGGGAGCAGAGCCCAUCCUCUGACCCCAAGCCUUCACCACGGUUGGAAUCCAAGACUUAUCAACCUAUUAACCAGACCCCCUACACAUCCUCAUCCUCCAGCUCCUCAUCUGGAACUAAGGCAGCCAAGAGUUCCAGCUCCAGCAGCGGCUACUCCUCUUCAGGCUCAGCAUCAUCUUCUUCCCGUACUCCACACACUCCACCAUCAGCCUCCUCCACUUCGUCCUCCUCUAGCUCCAAGACAAGCACCGGCUCCUUGUCUGCUCCUUCUUGCCAGCAGCCCCCAGCUCAGUCAGCAACUGCCCCACCUUCUUUACCGGUUGUGUCCUCCAACCUUGUUCAACAGCCAGCACCCAAACAAUGCCUCUCCAGUUAUGGCUCUCCGCCUUUGGCCAAAUCCAGCUCAGGCCUACCAGACCAGACCCCUCUUCAGCAACAUGCCCAAUCCUAUUCGCCCAACCCGCCUCCAUCUACACACAUGACCCAGUCUUAUGGAGGCUUUAACUCACCUCAUGCCCAGGACCUGAGCUCUGGAGCAGGGGGUACUGGAGGGAAGACCUUCACUGCUACAGCCUCAGGAGGACGCUCGUUUUCUGCAGAGAUAGUCUUUGGGGACUCAAGCUUUGGUUCAACCUCUCUUAGGAGAGCAGGCAGUCCUUCCUUAGGGUAUGGGAGUGCAGGAGGAUCAGCAGUAAGUGGACCUGUAUCAGGAGCUGCAGGAUCAGGAAGCGGAUCUGCUGUGGUUGGUAAUGAAGGCAGCAGCUCUUACCACCUGCCUGAGUCUAGUCCCUCGCCCUCCAUCAAUUCUACUAUCGGUCGCACUGGGUUGCACUCUCCUGCCUCUGCUCGCCCUGCACAGUCCCCUGGAGGCUCAGGGGCCACUAAAUACUUGUCCACCGGUCUCUCGCCUGCUUUUAUGUCCCCUCCACAAGGUUUCCCUGAUACACGGCAAGUGCAGAGUCACUCCUACCACACAACACCACCUAAGCCAAAAACGGAGACCAACAUGCUGGGAGUUGAGCAUUCCCAAGAUGAGGAAGAGGAUGAUGAUGAUGAUUUCCUCAUCCACCACUUACUACAUUCCCAAGGCUCAACUCCCCAUCCUUCCCAGCAUCACCCCCCUCCUCAUCAAUUAUCCCAACCGCUUCCACAAGCUAGGGAUGGGGAAGGCAAGGGGGUGACCUUUGACAUUAACAAGAUCUCAGAAGAGCGCUACCACCUUCACAGUGUUAUUCGUACCAAUAACAUCACCAGCAGUUCAGGUCCUGGAACAGCAAUUGGUGAUGCAACAAGUGGUUUGAACACUCAUUUGGAAAUGUCACGGAAGGAACAGCAACAGGUCAAAUCAGAGUUGACCAUAUCGAAGUCCACUGCUGGAGGGGUCACUGACUCCCUUUCCCACUCCCAUCAACAACAGCAUGACUCCUUGGGCUCUGGGGUCCAUUAUGGAAGAGAGGACCCCUACACAAUGCACUCCCAUCACACCUCACACUUGUCCUCACACUCUCAGCAACACUCUCAGCAUCCCCAAAUCCCCCAGCAUUCUCGGCACACUCAACACACUGGACACACACAGCACUCCCAAAAUACUCAGCAUAGCCAUCCCCUUUCCCACUCGCACAGCCACCCUCACAUGGCGCUGAAGAAGCCUUCAGAUGAAAAUGACAAUGCCUACUUGUGUAACACACCAGAUGUGCAGCAGGCUCGACAAAGCCAGGUCCCCCAUUCCUUGAUGGAUUCACCGCAAGACCCUCCCCAGCAAACUCACAUGCUGCAAUCUGUCCUUUCUCAUACCCCUAGCACUAAAAUAGACCCCCAGCAAGCCCCUCCUCAGCAGCAGCAUCCUUUGAGCCAGCAGGCCAUGAUGGGUUCAGCUGGAGGAGCAGGGCCUGCCAUGGUGGAAUCCCACCCACAGAACCAGCCCUCACAGUUGCAACUCCAGCUCCAGACCCAGGUUAUAGAUACCCACUACAGCCUUGGAGUCCAGCCAAGAGAUCAAACCCGAGCCAGUCAGAACUCAGUGUCUCCGCUAGACAUGCUAGACCAAUCUCUUUCCCGGACGAACAGCAGAGGUAGUGGAGGAGCUCUGGACAGAACAGUAGUUGGGGUGACUGGAGGGGAGGGAGGUGCUGGAGACAGACAAAGACAGCAGCACAGACCAACACCCCACCACCAUUCCCAACAAUCCGCCUCAGCUCUCCAUGACUUCCUCUCUGAACAAGAUUUAGGCUUGUCCACCCCCUCCCACCUGCACCACCUCAACCAGCCUCAGGCCCAUGCACACCCACAUGCCCACCACCAACAGCAAGCACACAUUCACCAUCAACUGGCACAUUCUCAAUUAGCUCAACCACACUCCCACCGGAUGGCAGCAAACAUGGGAACCCCCCAACAACAGCAGCAGCCCCAACAAAGAGAGCCUGAAACUCUGUCCCACUCCCAGUUAGACCAGCUCAAACAGCACCAGUUUCAAACAGUGAGCCCAGUGGGUAAAGUAGGACAAAAUCAUGGCCCGCAGCAACAGCAUCGGUUUGCACCUCUAACAUCCAUCUGCUUUCCAGACUCGCUUCUACAUGAUGAAGACCGCACUUUCUUUCCUGAGAUGGAGGACAUGUUUUGUUCAGCUGAUUACAAGUCAAGCUGUGUGGAGAAUUCUGGGUCAGGACAGGCUGCUCAAGAAAGCCUUGGCCAGGGCCACGGGCAAGGGCGAGAGGGUAUGGAAGCCUUAAAAUCAGUAGGUGCUAGAGAGGGCUAUGAUAUGGUUGGUCAUCACAGUGAUCAAGGCUAUGGACAUUAUUGCCACAGCCUUCCAGGAACAGGAAAUGACAAUCUACACUUAGACCUUGACUCUACGAAGACCCACGAGCUUCCCUCUACUGUGAAUACUGACCAGCUUGGCCUCAUCCAGUCCCAAACACCCAAUAUGGGGAUGAGUUCAGCAGAUCAAGGGGAUGGCUCAAUCAACAAGAUGAUGGGAGCUGUAGGAGUGGGUGGAAGUUCAAAUACCGCUGGUCUGACCUCACCUAUAUUUUGUUGUACUCGACCCAAGAAACUGUUGAAGACCAGCUCAUAUCAUUUGCUUAAACAGCGGCGUGAGCCACAGUCUCUAACAAAGAAAACAUAUGCACAGGAGUACGAAUUUGAGGACGAUGAGGAUAAAGUUGAUGUUCCAGCUGAUAUUCGCCUAACCAGUCGACGCCUUCCUGACCUACUCCCUGACUUGGUCUCUAGUUGUAGAAAGGCUAGUGGGGUAUCAGGAGUAAGUGGGCUCAGUCCACCAAUGGGGGACAUGGACUUCUGCCACCCCUCCAGCUACUCUUCCCCUGGUCACCCUCCACAUAUCCUUCCCCACUAUGGUCCUAAGAAAAGAGGCAGGAAACCAACUAAACCGAAACGUGAAGGCCCUCCUCGUCCACGAGGUAGACCGCGCAUACGUCCUCUUCCAGAGCCUCCCUACUGCAGGGGGCUGAUGGGAUCAGUGCCUGGAGAAAGUAGGAGGGGUCGUGGGCGUGGACGAGGGCGAGGCAGGAGGGAGGAAGGGUUUGUUGAAAUGCAUCAAGACAUGAACAAAGCACAAAACCUGGCAUAUCAUCAGCAGCAGCAGUUCAGCCAACAGCAGCAUCUCCAACAGCAUCCACAUGACCAACACAGACAGCAGGCAGACCUCCACCAAGCACCGCACCAACAGCAACAGCACCACCUGCAUCAUCAUCAACAUCCACAGCAGCAGCAUGACUCCUGUCCUCACCUCCAACCGCAUCAUCAACAGCAUCAUCAUCAUCAACAACAACAGCAACCAUCCCAGCUGCAGCAAGAGCCAAUCACACCUAUCAAGAUCAAACUGCCCGUCUCGAGCAUGCCUCCAUCAGAAUCGUUGUUGAGGACAGACUCCCUGUCCAGCACCGAGCCAGUUCUGUCUGACGGAUCUGUGGGCUCGGCACCCUCUCUGGGCCUGAGUCCUGGACCCAGCGCUCCCAUGGACAGCAUCAGAAGUGAGGUGAACCAGACUCAAGACAAGAUGAUGAAGCAUCAGCAGAAAGCUGAAGAGGUGACGUGGAAGAAAGAAGUGGACGAUCCCCUGGAUCCUGAAGCCUGGGCUGCUGUGCACAAGCUCUCCAGUUCAGCUGAAGAGAAGUCUUUCGACUUCAAACCUGGCUUCAUGGCGUCUUUUUUGGACUUCCUGAAGACAGGCAGAAAGCAGCCAGGCCUUGAACAGGAACAUGCUGGAGGUGAGCCGGAGUCCUCUCUCAAAGGAGGAAUCAGACCCUUAUCCCCGUCUCUUCCCCCCCUAUCACCAACUCCUCCACAGCAGCAGCCUCCAGGAGCCUUCAGCGAGGGAGGGCAGGGCGGGGGGGCCUCCCCUCCAGUCCUCCCGUCCCCACCCCUCUCCAGCUUUCCCCUGGGCCAGUCCAUUCCUCCUCCAUCCACCACCCCUCCUCCAUCCUCCUCUGAUCCGGACCAGGAGCCUGAAGCUGAGCAGCCUUCUCCCUCAUCCCCCGCCUCUUCCUCACCCUCUUCAUCAUCCUCUCCCCCACCAUCCCCUCCAACCCCAGAAGAGGCCCCAGCAUCCCAGCGUCUCACCUCCCUCCACCUGGCGAAGAAGCAGGCUGAUGCCGCCAUAGCUGGGGAGAGCGAGGAGGAGGACAGUGAGAGCGGAGGCGAGGGAAUCUUCCGUGAAAGGGACGAGUUUGUGGUCCGGACUGAGGACAUUGGGACGCUUAAGAUGGCCUUGCAGACUGGCCGGGAGCCCCCGCCCAUCUGGAGGGUGCAAAAAGCCUUGCUCCAGAAGUUCAGUCCAGAGAUUAAAGAUGGGCAGCGGCAGUUCUGUGCAACCAGUAAUUAUCUGGGUUAUUUCGGUGAUGCCAAAAUGUGCUACCAGCGUCUGUAUGUCAAGUUCUUGGAGAACGUCAACAAGAAAGAUUACGUCAGAGUGUGUUCUCGGAAGCCGUGGCACAGAGCUGGCCUCGCACUGAGACGCCAGUCACUUCCCAAACAGCUGCACAAUCCAACCCCCCCCCGGCUGGAUCGAGACGACAAGGAGAGACAGAGAGAGAGAGAGCUGAAGGAGCAGAGAGAACGAGAACAACGAGAGAGGGAGCACAGGGAGAAAGUAGAAAAGGAACAUAGGGAGAGAGAGAGGAGAGAGAAAGAGGAGAGAGAAGAAAAGGGAGAGAAACAGGAGAUGAAGCAAAAAGAGAGUGACAGGAAAGAAAUAGAGGACAUGGAAAGGAAAAAAGAGGACAGAGAGCAAAAGGAGCGUAGAGAGAAGGAGAAAGAAAAGGAAUGGGAGAGUGAAAGAAGGGAGGAGCAGAAAGGGAAGGAGAGAAGAGAAAAAGAGCAAGCAGACAGGGAGAGAAGGGAAUAUGAUAGAGAGCUGAAAGAGAGGGAGAGACAGCCUCUUCUUCUGCUCACUGAGCAGGCUGUCGAUCUUCCUCACGGGGGGGAGAGAGAAAGGGAGGAGCGGAGGGAGAAAGCAGACACAUUGUUGUACUUUGCAUGCUCUGAAUCUACUCGGCUCUCCUCUCUCCAGGAGGCGUUGCAUAUCUUCCCCAAAAUGAUGGCAGACCCGCUGGACUCUGGAGCGGUCAAAGUUCACCUCGGGGGGGAGGGUUACAACCGCAAAACCCUCAACCGGGUCAAGAGGAGUGUUCCUAAGCAACAGGAUCUGAAGCUCUCGAUAGAAACUUGCCGGCUCUACAGUCUGUAUCAUUCCCUCCACCACUACAAGUAUCACACCUUCUUACACUGCAAGAAAGAGACGGACAGCAUCGAGCAGGCGGCCGAGGACCCCGGUCAGGAGGAGGUGGUCCAGCAGUGCAUGGCCAACCAGGGCUGGCUGGAGAGCCUCUUCAACUCCUUCAUGGAGCUCCUCAGCCUCAGUGCCCAGGCCUGAGGGCCCCCCCGCCGCAGUGUGGAGCAGAUCCAGGCCCCCCCAGUCCCAGGGCAGAGAGUGUCCGGAUGCUGGCAGCGCCGUGGUUAUGGCCAGGACAGCCACUGUCUGUUUGUUUGUUGGAGAUUUAACUUUUAAAGUGUUGGUUUUUAACAUUAAGUCCUUUUUAAAGUACCUCUUGAUUUGAAGACGGAGGGCAGUGAACUAUGUGAAUGUGAUGGAUCUUCCUCAAAAGUCGACAAGAAACCACAAGAUCAUGUUGGUCAGCACUAAAAAAAGAGACACACACACACACGCUGUCUAGAAGUGUGUAUUAACAUGGUUUGUAUAAUUUAUACAAGGACAUUUCCAAAAAGGACUGUAUUAAGAUGGAGUUGUUUGCCGUUGUUAUUAAAAAAAAAUGUUUUAAAGGGA